AUGGCUCGAGGCAAUCAGAGGGAACUUGCAAGGCAGAAGAACUUGAAGAAGCAACAGGAGAAUAGUAAGAAUGGUAAGAAGGCCGGAGACCCGAAAAAACGGAUGGAAUCGGACGCUGAGAUCUUGAGAAAGAAGCAACAGGCAGCAGAUGAGCGUAAGGCACUCGAACAACAGAAAGUAGACAAGAAAUAG